AUGUCGGCCCAAUCUCAUCAGACGAGAGCAGGGAUGAAUCCUUCUGCUCGCGCUCCACCCAGAUACUAUGCCGUACAAAAAACCUUGCAACGCAACGACUCCCUUCGGAAUUCGACCGUUCCACCACGCUCACACGAGAACCCCAACUCCUCCGAGUCUGUUUACAGUGAUGAAAAAUCUAUUUUCAAUGCCAUUCGAGUCACAACACCAAACGAAGGUUCUCGAAACCUGGACUAUCCUUAUGUCAUGGGCCCUGUCAUGGAGACAGGUCUAGCAACUAACAUGGCAAUGUUUAUUCCAACUGGCUCCUCCAAUGAUGGCGAAUCAUCUACUCAGCAUCGUCGAUCUGGAAGAAAACUACUACGAGUUGAUGGAGUCGGCAGGCAAAACCAGAUGCUCUCCGAACAGAACUCACAGCGCACAUCACAGUUGGGCUCAGCCCAUCCGAACGAUACAAAUCACACAUCCAGCCCUUUCCUAGAAUAUCAGCGCCGCAAAGCGAUCUCACUUGACGCCGAUGCCCAUGGGCCCGUAAGCCCUCACCCUCGUCCUUCUUGGCCAGCCUCAAAUAUCCCAGCUGCCGUCACACCCGCCCAGCCACAGUAUCCUCCGCCUGAACGUACACCAACACCACCGGGUCUUCCCUCCUUUAACACCCCAGAAGCAGUAUAUUGCUCAGCGCAGUUUAUGAUUGGACAUACAGCAUCGAGUCGUACGCGCGGAACACCUCCUUCCAAUACCGCAAAUCGCCCAUCUUCGUAUGGUGAUGCCGUCCGAAGAUUCCUAGGCCUACAGCCCGCAAGCCAUACUGAGGCCAUCAAUAACGGUAUUGUUGGAAUUGGCCGAGCGCCGGAUGGAACGAUCGUUCAGGGUAGAUUUCCCUAUCGCCAAAGUGGACAUGGGACGAAUCAAGUACGACGUCUACAGGAUCAUCCGUUUCAUCAGAAUUGUCGUCCCAUAGCCACGCUUGCAGAUCAAACUACUGACCCAGAAGGUAGUCACAGCACGGGAGUCAGAGCUGGAGCUGGAGUUACAAAUGAGAGGGUAACAGAAGGCGACGACACGAACAAAAAUAGUGAGCAACAGGAUCAACCAAAAAGAAAGUCCCGUCAUCUGGGCCUCUCAUUACUGGGACGGCCACUCUCAUCUCGAAUCGAAGAGCUACGGAAUAGAGCCAUUACACCAGGUCCAAGAGCAAACACCAGCCCGAUUCCAGACCAGAUCUCCCCGCUUCAACUACCACAACCGGUAUACAAUUUUACUCAGAACGGGAACCCUCCAGGUGACGAGGUCCUGAAAGCUGGAUCAUAUGCACUCUCUGAUAUUCUUUCCUGGCUCCCCUUGCAAUGUUAUCUUUGUUGUUGUUUUUGUGGAUCUCAACUCGGUGAAGUUGGUGAAAGCGUCAGUCCUGAAAGCGCAGAUGCUCUUGAAACUGUUGAUUCUCGGGAGACGUAUGCCACAGCUCGGAGCCGGAAUUCUGGUCCAGAUGAUAGAGAUGGAAAUAAUGGUGCUCGUCCUUCAAGUUGUUUGAAUUCAUGA